CGGUUGGCAAAAAUAUAUAAGAUGUCAGUGUGUUGAGUCCUUUUCUCACUCUGCGAUCCCGUCCUAGCUUCUCAGGCUGAAAAUGUGCGCUGACCGUGCGCGGUUUGCUUUCUAUAGACCUGACCGUGGUCUUGCAAGCCCCGUAGUUGCGAUGGAGAGAUUCAGUACAUUUCUCAUUUAUGUUUUUUUUAGUGCUAUGUUAUUCAACGGGUUGUUUGGUCACGCGGCUCAUCCAUGAGCGCUCUGUUCUUUUGGGACUGGCGCGUUCUCCUCACUGUCCUCCAUCCAGCCUUCAGCGCACGCUCUACCAAGCCCGGUUGCGGAUAUGAUUUACUGCCCUCGACGUCAAGUUCCCCAUCCAGAAAGACCAUCCCAGAAUUCUGCUGGGUCUCAUCCCGUUGCUUGAGACUCUUCCAGAAAAUAGAAAAGACCACGGGUGGUUUUAUACACAUGCGCUCCUCCCCACCAUUAAAUCAUCACUUAUCGUGCACGGACCGUAUCUACGUGGGUUUGUCAGACUUCAUAACGCGUGGUAUGUUUACUACUUAUCUGGCUCAUUAGACGCUGAUACUCAUUUCCAGGACAGGUUCUCGUACACUAUAUGAUCUUCCUCUGCCGCGUGGGUUCAUGUUUCUGUUCCACCAUCGCUCGUAAUCGAUUUUGGUCGCCAAGCCCAGCCAUACGCUGCAACAGCUCUCAUAUGGUUGAAGGAUACGAUCUUCUUACUCAUAGUCACAGCCUCUAG